CCAAAAAAACUUUCCCACCUUAGAACUUAGAAACUCCCUCCAAGUUUGAAGCCAGUUCGCCAUAUAGGGUUUCGUUGGGGUUUCACUGUUCGCAUUCACCCUCACAAUCACAAUCACAAUCAUGGCAUCUUCAUCAUCCUCAAGCAACACCGCCAGUUACGACGUGCCGUGGGUUGAAAAGUACCGACCCAGCAAAGUCGUCGACAUCGUCGGCAAUGAAGACGCCGUCUCCCGUCUCCAAGUCAUCGCUCGUGACGGCAACAUGCCCAACCUCAUUUUAUCAGGUCCUCCUGGAACUGGUAAAACCACUAGUAUUCUCGCCCUGGCGCACGAGCUUCUCGGUCCCAACUACAGAGAAGCUGUUCUCGAACUCAAUGCAUCAGAUGAUAGAGGAAUAGAUGUUGUGAGGAACAAAAUCAAGAUGUUUGCUCAAAAGAAAGUAACACUUCCUCCAGGCCGACACAAAGUUGUUAUACUUGAUGAAGCUGACAGCAUGACAUCUGGAGCACAACAAGCUUUGAGAAGGACAAUGGAGAUAUAUUCUAAUUCUACUCGUUUCGCGCUUGCUUGCAAUACAUCUUCUAAGAUUAUUGAGCCGAUUCAGAGUAGGUGUGCCAUUGUGCGAUUUUCGCGAUUGUCUGAUCAAGAGAUACUCGGUCGUCUUAUGGUUGUAGUUCAAGCUGAGAAGGUUCCCUAUGUUCCUGAAGGACUUGAGGCCAUCAUUUUCACUGCUGAUGGUGAUAUGAGGCAGGGAUUGAACAACUUGCAAGCAACAUUCAGUGGGUUCCAGUUUGUUAACCAAGCAAAUGUUUUUAAGGUUUGUGACCAGCCGCAUCCACUGCAUGUGAAGAAUAUGGUGCGCAAUGUGAUUGAAGGGAAUUUCGAUGAGGCUUGUUCUGGGCUCAAGCAAUUGUAUGACUUGGGAUAUUCCCCCACAGAUAUCAUCACCACACUUUUUCGUAUCAUAAAAAGUUAUGAUAUGGCAGAGUACUUGAAACUGGAAUUCAUGAAGGAAACUGGAUUUGCUCAUAUGAGGAUUUGCGACGGAGUUGGUUCUUAUCUUCAGAUGUGCGGUCUGUUGGCUAAGUUUGCUCUUGUUCGCGACACUGCUAACGCUGCAUGAGUAGGUCCUAAGUGCAACUGAUACACAUCAUUAGUUUUUCCGGCUUUAUGGUAGUGAGAAUGCUGUACUGAUGAAACAUGUAGAUUUUAAAUCCUGAUUUCCAUAUGUUGACUGAUACAUUAAUGCUUCAACUUAUAUAAAUAUGUUAUGUUUAGCUUGGUUCAA